AUGUCGGGGCUCACCCCUCCGUCCCGCUUCCUCUGUCGCAAGGGCUACACAGGGAACGGGGUGAAACAGACUGCAGCAAUUUCUAAGGCAGACUGGCCCGUGCACCGCCUGGAAUGUGCUGCCAUGGUGGUUUUCGGGGAAAACUGGAACCCCUCGGAGACCGUCAGGCUAACAGCAAGGAUCUUGGCCAAGCAGAAGAGCCACCCGGAGCGGACGCCUUCCGAGAAACUGCUGGCCGUGCAGGAGUUUGAGUCACAUCUGGACAAACUGGACAAUGAGAAGAAGGACUUGAUUCAGAGCGACAUUGCUGCCCUCCAUCACUUCUACUCCAAGUACCUGGAGUUCCCGGACAACCAGAGCCUGGUGGUGCUGUUUGCCCAGGUGAACUGUAACGGCUUCACCAUUGAAGACGAAGAACUUUCUCAUUUGGGAUCCGCCAUAUUUCCUGACGUUGCCCUGAUGAACCACAGCUGCUGCCCCAACGUCAUCGUCACCUACAAGGGGACCCUGGCAGAGGUGCGAGCCGUUCAGGACAUCAGUCCUGGAGAGGAGGUUUUCACCAGCUACAUCGACCUGCUGUACCCCACCGAGGACAGGAAUGACCGCCUCCGAGACGCCUACUUCUUCACCUGUGAGUGCCGUGAGUGCACCUCCAGAGACAAGGAUAAGGCCAAGGUGGAAAUCCGGAAGCUGUACCACCCGCCGAAGGCCGAGGCCGUCCGGGACAUGGUCCGGUACGCCCGCAACGUCAUCGAGGAGUUCCGGAGGGCCAAGCACUACAAAUCCCCCAGCGAGCUGCUGGAGAUCUGUGAGCUCAGCCAGGAGAAGAUGAGCUCGGUCUUCGAGGAUAGCAACGUGUACGUGUUGCAUAUGAUGUAUCAGGCCAUGGGCGUGUGCCUGUACCUGCAAGACUGGGAGGGCGCCCUGCGAUACGGCCAGAAGAUCAUCAAGCCCUACAGCAAGCAUUAUCCUCUGUACUCCCUCAACGUGGCUUCCAUGUGGCUCAAGCUGGGCCGGCUGUACAUGGGCCUGGAGAACAGAUCGGCCGGACAGAAGGCCCUCAAGAAGGCCAUCGCCAUCAUGGAGGUCGCCCACGGCAAGGACCACCCGUACAUCUCCGAGAUCAGGCAGGAGAUCGAGAGCCACUGACCCUGGCGCGUGGGCAGCGCGUGGACGCCGUGGCCGCGUGGACGCUGCUGCCCGGUGGCCCCGGGGGCUCCAUCCGGCGCGUGGGAGCAGAGGCCGGGGCUGCUCGACCCGCCCCGGCUGACCUGACGUGGGCACGCUUCCCACGGAGCGCCCAGGGCUUGGUUUCCGGCGAUCAAA